AUGGUUCUCGUCAAUACCAUCCGUGACGCUGUAGCUCAACUGUAUCAACACAUCGACAUCAUUACUGCUGCUGCUGGUGGUGGCACCGGAGGAGGAGGAAACCAUACAAACACACUGAUUGUAACAACAACGUCCACUGCAGCUGCUCUCCUUUUGGCAUAUUAUGCAACCAGGCGUGUAUCUAAAGCACAGGAUGAUCCUACACCGAUCGUUUCAUAUCAAUGGCCUAUCAUUGGCUCGACCAUGGACUAUUUCACGGAUCCGGACAAGUUUACCAGAGAGAAAACCAUACAGUACGGACCUGCAUUUCGGGUGCAUCUACUUGGCCAGUAUGUUACAGUAGUUGGCGGAAACCUUGCACAUGAAGUUUUCAUGAACCCUAAUUUGAACUUUGUCCAAAGUUCACAAAAAUUCUUUGAUAUACCGUUGUUCCUUCAACAUUUGCAUAACGAUUUGCCUGAACACGCACUUCGAGACAUCAUAUCCAAGGAUAUGACGCAGAAAUUAUCAACUUACAGCAGGCAUUUUGAGAAACAGACUGCCAUUGUUGCUGCACAAGUGCUUGGUGAUCUAAGAGAGCCCAAAAUCAUUACCAACGUCAAUGAAUUAACUCGAGCCUUUGUUGCCCGUACGACUGCUUACACGAUGGCCGGCACGGCUAUCACCGAAAACAAGGAGCUCAUGCAUAUGUUUGAGCAUGUUGCAGACGACUGCAUGAAAGAGAUCCUGUUGCCAAACGCAGCUCGGAGCGUGUUGCCAUGGUGGAACGACCUUUACAAACGUGUCUUUUAUCCUCGCAAUGCAUUCGUGAAAAAGAGUGUACAAAAGAUCCGUGAUGGUGUCAAAGACGAGGUGUUCCGUCGGUUAAAUGAUGCUGAACACAACAACAGCAAAAAACAAGACAAUGACGACGUACUCGGAUACGUUCUUAAAGAAUACUUCUUUUCAAACAACAGCAAGCAAGGAGGACACAUAGACCGAGAUACCGUUUUGGACGCUAUCACGAUAUGGUUUAUCUUGAUGACGUUUACGAGCGUGUUGACGACAUCGGGGACACUCGUUGGUGUUCUUUACCAACUGGCGAAAUCGCCUGCCGAAUCCAUUUCAGAACUACGUAAAGAACAACAAGAGCAAGGACAAGAGGGUCCUGCUUCUUCCUACUACAAACGCUUGGUGAAAUUGGACAGUUUUAUUCGUGAAUCGUUCCGAUACUCUAUGAAGGAUUUAGCACAUCCACAUACCAAUGUCAGCAAGGAAAAUGUUGUGUUGAGCAAUGGCACAGUCAUUCGACCUGGGGAAGAAGUUUAUACCAAUUUCUGGCAUGUCAACUUUGACAAAACCGUACAGAAUGAUCUGGAAGAUCCAUCCGAGUUUAAGCCUUUCCGGUUUGUGGGACGUGACAAACAAUCGACAAAGUGUAGUGCGGAUUAUCUCAUGUUUGGUUUGGGAAGACACGCUUGUCCAGGACGAUGGUUUGCGAUUGAAGAAAUGAAGGCAAUUAUCUCUACCAUUAUCCACAGUUACGAUCUUUCCCUUGUUCCUGCGGACGAUGAUGAUAAGAACAGCAAGCCAGCAUUGAGAAUCAUCAACCGAGAAUCUACUUUGGAGAAUGGCACUUAGAUUCUUGACACUAUAUACAUUCUUUAUUCGAAAAUAAAAUGUUACCUUCCCCCAUACAAUUUUAUGA